CCUGAGUUGGCCUCGGAGGUUGUCCGCUGCUCGGCGCUUCCACAUAACUCUUUAAUGUCCCAAUCCGGCGUGAGGAGCUCACCUGACGCCUGAUGCUGACGAUAAACGGCCGCCGCGACGGUUCGGCGUGUGGAGCCUACCCACGGUUACUGUAAGGAGCCCCGGAUCUGCGAACGCCGGAGCGGUUUUCACGGGAGAGAAGUGGCUCAGUCAGACCGUGACUGAGGGAGCAGUGUAGCGACAGUCGUCUACCUCCGGUCCUCAGUGCCUCUCUGCAUGACCUCAGACAGCAGACAGACCCGCCGAGGGGAACCAGCCCCUUCCUCGUCCCGGACCCUUUUCCUCUCCAGGCCCAACGGUAACGCUCGGUCGCCACAGCCUUCUCCUCUCAGCUUUCAGCUCAUCUCCAGCAGAAGGAGCAGCGGUUAUUUCCUCACAUAGGAGCUGAACACCUCCACUUGGGCCAGUGGAGGUGUUGAAGAGUUCUCACCCCUCCCUCCCCCCCAUUCAUCCUCUCGAAUCUUUGAGAAUAUUAUUUUUUUUUCUCCUGGUUGGCUUGAGUCCGGUUCUGCCGGCCGUGUGACUUUUCAAAACUGGGGCGUGAUUCAUGGGAUGCAACCAUGUCGGAUCUCAGUGAGCGCAGGCCGGUCAACACGGACUACGCUGUCUCCCUGCUGGAGCAGCUCAAGUUCUUUUACGAACAGAAAUUACUGACUGACGUUGUGCUGCUGGUGGAGGACACAGAGUUCCCAUGUCACAAGAUGGUCCUGGCCACGUGUAGCUCCUAUUUCAGGGCGAUGUUCAUGAGCGGCCUCAGCGAGAGCAAACAGACCCACGUCCACCUGAGGAACGUGGAUCCGGCCACGCUGCAGAUCAUCAUCACCUACGCCUACACGGGCAACCUGGCCAUCAGCGACAGCACGGUGGAGCCGCUCUACGAGACUGCCUGCUUCCUACAGGUGGAAGACGUCUUGCUGCAGUGCAGAGACUAUCUGGUGAAGAAGAUAAACGCUGAGAACUGUGUCCGCAUGCUGAGCAUCGGCGACCUGUUCAGCUGCAGCGAGCUAAAGCAGAGCGCCAAGCGGAUGGUGGAGCACAAGUUCCCGAUGGUGUACCGACAGGAGGCCUUCCUGCAGCUCUCCCACGAGCUGCUCAUCGACAUCCUGAGCAGCGACAACCUCAACGUGGAGAAGGAGGAGACGGUGCGCGAGGCGGCCAUGCUGUGGUUGGAGUACAACAUGGAGGCGCGGUCGCAGCACCUGUCCUCGGUGCUCAGUCAGAUCCGCAUCGACGCGCUGUCGGAGGUCACGCAGCGAGCCUGGUUUCAGGGUCUGCCGCCCAACGAUAAGUCCGUGGUGGUUCAGGGCCUCUACAAGUCGAUGCCCAAGUUCUUCAAGCCUCGGUUAGGCAUGACCAAGGAGGAGAUGCUCAUCUUCAUGGAGGCCAUGUCAGAAACGCAGGGCGAGGUGUACGUGUUGUCCACGUCGGUGCCUACUACGGUGGUGUGUUACAGCCCGCAGGCGGAGAAAGUCUACAAGCUCUGCAACCCCCCAGGAGACCUGCAGAAGGUGGGAACCCUCGUCACUCCAGACAAUGACGUGUUCAUCGCUGGCGGACAGAUUCUCCUCAAAAACUCUAUCACCAACCACGGCAAGAGCGGCAAGUUCCAGGCCAUGUUCCGCUCGGUCGACAGCUUCUUCUGGUUUGACGCCCAGCAGAACUCCUGGGUGCCCAAAACCCCGAUGCUGUGUGCCCGAAUCAAGCCCUCGCUGGUCUGCUGCGAAGGUUACAUCUAUGCAAUCGGCGGCGAUAACGUUGGAGGGGAGCUGAACAAGCGGACGGUGGAGCGCUACGACUGCGAGAAGGACGAGUGGAGCAUGAUGAGCCCACUGCCCUUCGCCUGGAACUGGAGCACCUCGGUGGUGGCGCACGACUGCAUCUAUGUCAUGACCCACGACCUGAUGUACUGCUACUUCCCCCGAGCCGACACCUGGGUGGAGAUGGCCAUGCGCAAGACCAGCCGCUGCUUCGCGUCCGCCGCCGCCUUCGGGGACCUCAUCUUCUACAUCGGCGGCCUCCACGUGGUCAGCAACUCCGGCAUCCGGCUGCCGACCAGCACCAUCGACGGCUCCUCCGUCACCGUGGAGAUCUACGACGUCAACAAGAACGAGUGGCGCCUGGCCGCCAACAUCCCGGCCAAGCGCUACUCGGACCCGUGCGUCCGGGCCGUGGUGCUGCUCAACUCGCUCUGCAUUUUCAUGCGUGAGACCCACAUGAACGAGCGCGCCAAGUACGCCAUCUACCAGUACGACGUAGAGCUGGACCGCUGGCACCUGCGGCAGCCGGUGUCCGAGCGCGUCCUCUGGGACCUGGGGAAGGACUUCCGGUGUGCGGUGGGGAAGCUGUACCCGUCCUGCCUCGAGGAAUCCCCCUGGAAACCCCCAACCUACCUCUUCUCCCCUGACGGAGCCGAGGAGUUCGAGGUGGACGGUGAGCUGGUGACCCUCCCUCACGUAUAGCUCUUAAGCUCCCCUCUCCCGCCUCACCUCGCCGACUGAACCAAUACCGAGGGACGAACACGAAGGGGGAGGGGAUCUAUUAGAAAUAAAAGGGUUUGACGUUAUCUGUGUCGCAGAGGGAUCUCUGGACUUUGGAGGCUGUUACCGACCAAACGGUUCGGCCGGCAAAACAAGCUUGGAGCGAAAAGAUGUCCCUCAAAAAUACUAGUAAUCUGAAAAUUUCUGUUUUUUUCCUUCUUAUUUUGUCAGUUGUGACAUCUGUUAGGUAUUAUUACGUCUGUCAUACUGUUUCUACAAUGUGAUAAUCUAAACGUCAACUGAUUUUGUGAUGAUGAGGAUGAUGAUGCACUUAACUGAUAAACCUUCUCGUUAAUGACAAUGGCAACUGUACCAAAAUCCACCAGCCCCCUUCUUUCAGAUUGUGGCUUCCCUCUCUUCCCCCUCUCCUCCUCCUCUUCUUCUCUUUUCUCAUUACUGGUAAAGGAACACUCCGCCGAAAGCCAAAGCUCAGUGCAUCAAACGCUCGCUUUGUGGAGGUUUUAGCUCGUAGAAAUUCCACUUCCAUAUCCCGAACAUUCAUCAUUUUGCUGAUAAAUGAAUUUUAAGCUCACAAUUUUGCGUCAAACUACGAACUCAAAGGUGAAUAAUCAACCUUGAAGUUCAAAUGUUGGCUUCAUAUGAUCUAAUUUAUCCACAAAAUACUGUCAAACGAGCUUCAGUGUGACGAGUUUUGUGGUUAACGAAUUGUUCUUACAGUCAUACAGAAUAAAAACUGCAAAAAUAUUUAGUUUAAAAUCAUAGAAAACUAAUAAAACUGCACAUUUUCACAUUUGAGAACCAGAACAUUCAUCGUGUUGCUGAUAAAUUGUUGAAUAUGCUGGUUUGUGGCCAUGACUGAAACUAGUUUGAGAAAACCAAGUAGGUGGACCUUAAGUGAAAGAUUUUGUGUCAAACUGCUAAUUUGUGGAUGAAUAGUCAACCUUUUUUUCGGUUUUCAAAAUAAUAUCAGUCUAAUUUAUCCACUGAAAGCUACAAAAUGCAGUUAAAACAUUGAAUCUUUGUCAAACUGGUUACAGCAUAACAAAUUUUGUGGUUAAUUCAUUAAUCUAAUAGCCUUUGUAAAGGAAAAAGUGCAAAAAUAUUAAGUUUACUAUGAUAUUAAACUAAGAAAAUCUUCACAUUAGAGAAUCAGAAACCAGAAAAGGUUCAUUAUCUGGCUAAUAAAUUGUUAAAUCUACUGGUCUUGGACAGUAAUCAACCGCUAAGAUCAGUUUUUCACAUGAUAUUAGUCCAAUUCAUCUGAAUUUAAUCGAUUAUUCUCACAGUAUCUGAAAAGAAAAACAUCCAGAAUUCCCAAAACAUUUAAUUUGCUUCGCUAUUAACCUGAGAAAAGCGGCAAAUCGUCAUAUUUGACAAGCUGAGACCAGAGAACGUUUGACCUUUUUCAUUUCAGAAAUUAUGACCCUCAGUUUUCAAAAUCGUGUCUCGUAAAACGCCUCAAAUUCUCUGCUGUCAGCUCAUUAAAAUGUAACAAUUUGCUGCUUUUUUGUUUUGAUAAACUGCAUUUAUCAACCGCAACAAACAGUAUGUUAGAGCUCUUGUGAUUGGUGUUUAAUUGAGCCAAUCAGGGUUGCCAGGGUGACGAAACCAGCACCAAACCCAGCACUGAAAUAUCCAACCAGCAACCAACCAGCAGACCGAUUACCAACCAGUGACUCUUCUAAAGCAGCUCAGUUCUGAUCCGGCAACCCUGAAACCAAUCACUAUCUAAAUAAAAACAAAAACGUUGGGUUUCGAAUACGCAUUUUUGAAUUUUACCGUUAGAAAAGGUUCCCCAGUUUCACAAAUUAGUUUCUACGCUCAUUUGUGGUUUUUGAAUUUCUCAAAAAAAGGGAUUUAUGGUGCUUGAGAGGUGGAAAAUCCUAAUUUCGCUUGACAUUACUGUAGAAACAUGACUAGAAAUAACUGGACAUGGAAGAUAUUUAGAUUUGUUGUCGCUGAUUGUCGCCACAAACUUCCUAAAAUGAGUUUUAGAAAACAUUUGUGCAGGUUUUGACCUUGACUUCAGAAUUUUCAGUCAAUCUUUAAGUUGAGUUGUUGAUGUGAUAUCAGUCGACUUCUUCAGCUUCGACCAAACGUUCAACCUUUAAAAUGAAUUUUCUGUUUAAAUGGCCGCAGUGCAACAAGUAUUCUGAUUAUUCCUCUAGGCCCUGCAAAGAAAAAAAGACUGACGUUGCAAAGAGUAGUCUGUUUUUUAAUGAUAUUAAACCGAGAAAAGCAGCAAAUCUUGAUGUUUGAGGAGCUGAAACCAGAAAACCCAAUUUUCAGAUCUGCACCUGGACUAAUAGGGCCACACGUCUAGGCAUAAUUAGAUCAUUAGAAUGUUUUCCGUAAAUGUGAUGUCUGUCGACUUUAUCCACCUCAAAAAUGGAGAAACUGCAAAAAUAGUCAGUUUGAAGUGGUAUAAAAUGGACAAUUUUUCAUGUUUGAGAAGUUGGAAAUGUCUUUAUCCACUGAAAUCCACAAAAUCCGCUUGAAAUAUUGAUUUUUUUUGUCAAACUGGCUGCAGUGUAACAAGUUUUCCAGUUAAUUAAUUCUUAAAAAAAGGAAAAACUGUCUAAAACUGCAAGAACAGUCAGUUUACAGUGACAUAAAAUGGAGAAAUGUGUAUCUUUAUUUGUUGAAAUCCACAAAAUGUGGUUUAAACUCAGACUAGUUCAGCUUUGUAGAGCUCAAAUGACGUCUUUAUUUUAUUUUUUUUGCUUGUCUGGAACCUAAAGAUAUCGCUGUUCUCCACUAAGGAGUUUUGGGUUUCUAGCGGAGUGUUCCUUUAAAGCGGUUCUCUAAAGGCCCUGCAGACGGGGGGAACGGGGGGUUUCUGGAGGGUCGACGGGUGGAAUCGGAGGCGGUUUUAAAACGAGGGCGACUGCAGGUCCAGCCGCCGCCGCCGCUCUCCGUCCUCCGUCUCGCCGCCGCCUGUUUCCACGUCUGUUUGCACACAGGUCUUCCACACAGCCAGCAGGUCAACCUCACUCUAGACGCCACACUUUUCUUUUCCACGAAGAGGCAAAAACGCUCACGACGACUCGCAGUACAAAUUUUCAGGCUCAUGCGUUUUUUUCUUUUUUUUCCAAGCUGCUGAAAUAUAUAUAAUAAAAUAUAUAUUUUUCAUAUGUUUAAAAGUUCUAGUGGGGAAAAUAACCAGGUCUAUUUUGUAUUAGUGUCUUUUUUUAAUUUAAUAUCAGACAUUACUGUAGUGUGAUUGUGGGUAGAAGAUCCAUUUUUUCCUAUCGGAUUUAGUUUUCUGUUUUUCCUUCCGAGUGAAUAUUGAGGAAUCUUGCUGCUGAUUGGUUGUGAGAGGAGAGGGGGCGGGGCCAGGGCUGUUGAAAAUCGUCCCGGCAACCACUAGCAGUAGUGGAGGGGGGGCGGGAGGGGAUGGGAGGGGCUUCCUCCUACCUUUAAAAACAUGAGCACAGGUGCUUCAUGACAAACCUUACUAGCAUGUUUGGCUGCAUCAUAUUCCUUUGGCACUGUAUUUUGAAUGAACGUUAAUUUAUUAAAAACAUACCAAAAACGUUCCUGAAA